AAAGCACAAGCUCCCAGCAGUCGGCAAGAAAGCUGACAUAUAUUUUUGGAUUUAAAUUUUUAUGGCUACCAUGCAAGUGCACUGUUGAAAACCAGCAAGAUACAAAAGUCUAGACGAGAGCCAAUUCGAAGAUGGAGAUGACACUGGGGGCCACGCUGCAUGUGUACAAAGGGGAAUGGGGGCUGCCGUCCAUUGAUUUUGAAUGUUUACGUGCUUUGUGCCUCCUGCGAUUCACCCGUUGUCCGAUGGACGUGCAGACGAGCUCCAAUCCGUUGCGCUCCGGGGCCGGAAAGCUUCCUUACUUGCAGAUUGGCAACCAGAAGUACCCGGGCUACAGGCAAAUAAAGCGCGUGCUGGAUCUCGAGGGUUACCCGAUUGAUGCGCAUUUAAGCACCAAACAAAAGCAUUUGUCCAGCGCCUACGCCAACUGGGUGUUCACCAAUCUGCAUGCCUACUACCACUACUUCCUGUACGGCGAGCCUCACAAUUUCGACUCGACCACGCGCGGCCUGUACGCCAAAAGAACACCAUUCCCCUUCAACUUUUACUACCCGUCAUCCUACCAGCGCGAAGCCUGCGACGUGGUCCAGGUUAUGGCAGGCUUUGAUGUCAACGACAAGAUGGACAAGCACGAAGGAGACUAUCUCGUUGUCAAUGCCAAGAAGUGCGUUAAUCUGCUCUCCCGUAAGCUUGGUCGCAAAGUCUGGUUCUUCGGCGACACUUACAGCGAGUUCGAUGCCAUUGUAUAUAGCUACCUAGCCAUAAUCUUCAAGAUCACACUGCCCAACAAUCCACUCCAGAACCACAUAAAGGGCUGCCAAAACCUCGUCAACUUCAUUAAUCGCAUCACCAAGGAUAUAUUCCGAGACGAAGGCUACAGCUCCACGAAGCUCACAAAAACUCCGAGUGGAGCGGGCGAGAGUCUGACGCAGUCGGAGCACAAGUUCCUUGAGUCGGAGUUCAACACCAAAGUCAUUGCCGGCGUUGGGGCAGUGCUGGCCAUGGGAGCAUUCGCCGCAUGGCGUGGAAUUUACAACCAGCUAACAGCACGCUCCUCGACGGACUACGAUGGCAUAGACUAUGAUGACGAUGAUCUGGAGGAAGGCCUCGAUUAACCAUCUCUCUGUUUAUCUCUAUGUAGUAUAUAUAUAUAUUUUAAAAUACAAAUGUGGGGAAGAAGCACAAAGAAGGCGUGAACAUUAGAUAGUGUCGAAUUAUGCGGAAAAUAAUCUUGUGACAAUUCACCAAACUAUCUUAUCUGGCAGUGAAAAUACUUUUUAUUAUUUAUGGCAAUUAUUCUUGGCUUUCUCUUGUAUAUAAGAAGAUUGUCUCAAGCUUUCGAGAGAAUAUUCACAAGAUUAAUUUCCCGUGAAACUGAUAUAUCCCAGUGAAAUCGGCCCAGUCAUACAUAUUCGAUAUAUGUAUGUACUAUGAUUCGAAUUCGUUUUUAAACCGUCUUGUGUAAAAUAGCAUUUUGAAACCAUCUGAGCGUAAUAAAGGAAGAGAAAGAGUAUCAAAAA